AGGUGGCGCCGAAUCUGGCGACCGGAGCCUGGGCGCGAAGCGAAGAAGCCGGAACAAAGUGAGGGGGAGCCGGCCGGCUGGCCCGGGGGGCCCCGGAGGCCCUGGGGAAGCGGGACUCGCGCCGGGCGGGGCUUCCCUGCGACCCGGCGCCCCGCGGGCAGCAUGCCCCUGCGGGCAGGGGGAGCUGGGCUGAAUUGGCCCUCUCGGGGGCUCAGCCUACGCCCUAGAGCCCCCCAGAUGUGCCCCCUCCGGGGCCCCCCGGUUGCGUGAGGACACCUCCUCUGAGGGGCGCCGCUCGCCCCUCUCAAGACCUCCCGGGGCCCCGGCUGGCCAGAGGAUGGACGAGGAGGAGGAUGGAGCGGGCACCGAGGAGUCAGGACAGCCCCGGAGCUUCAUGCGGCUCAACGACCUGUCGAGAGCCGGGGGCCGGCCGGGGCCAGGGUCGGCGGAAAAGGACCCGGGCAGCGCGGACUCCGAGGCGGAGGGGCUGCCAUACCCUGCACUGGCCCCGGUGGUUUUCUUCUACUUGAGCCAGGACAGCCGCCCGCGGAGCUGGUGUCUCCGCACGGUCUGUAACCCCUGGUUUGAGCGCAUCAGCAUGUUGGUCAUCCUUCUCAACUGUGUGACCCUGGGCAUGUUCCGGCCGUGUGAAGACAUUGCCUGUGACUCCCAGCGCUGCCGGAUCCUGCAGGCCUUCGAUGACUUCAUCUUUGCCUUCUUCGCCGUGGAGAUGGUGGUAAAGAUGGUGGCCUUGGGCAUCUUUGGGAAGAAGUGUUACCUGGGAGACACUUGGAAUCGGCUGGACUUUUUCAUCGUCAUUGCAGGGAUGCUGGAGUAUUCGCUGGACCUGCAGAACGUCAGCUUCUCAGCUGUCAGGACAGUCCGUGUGCUGCGACCGCUCAGGGCCAUUAACCGGGUGCCCAGCAUGCGCAUCCUCGUCACGCUGCUGCUGGACACUCUCCCCAUGCUGGGCAACGUCCUACUGCUGUGCUUCUUCGUCUUCUUCAUCUUCGGCAUCGUUGGCGUCCAGCUGUGGGCAGGGCUGCUUCGUAACCGAUGCUUCCUGCCCGAGAAUUUCAGCCUCCCCCUGAGUGUGGACCUGGAGCGCUACUACCAGACAGAGAACGAGGACGAAAACCCCUUCAUCUGCUCCCAGCCGCGUGAGAACGGCAUGCGCUCCUGCAGGAGUGUGCCCACGCUGCGCGGGGACGGGGGUGGUGGCCCGCCCUGCGGCCUGGACUACGAGGCCUACAACAGCUCCAGCAACACCACCUGCGUCAACUGGAACCAGUACUACACCAACUGCUCUGCGGGGGAGCACAACCCUUUCAAGGGCGCCAUCAACUUCGACAACAUCGGCUAUGCCUGGAUCGCCAUCUUCCAGGUCAUCACGCUGGAGGGCUGGGUCGACAUCAUGUACUUUGUGAUGGAUGCUCACUCCUUCUACAACUUCAUCUACUUCAUCCUCCUCAUCAUCGUGGGCUCCUUCUUCAUGAUCAACCUGUGCCUGGUGGUGAUCGCCACGCAGUUUUCAGAGACGAAGCAGCGGGAAAGCCAGCUGAUGCGAGAGCAGCGUGUGCGAUUCCUUUCCAAUGCCAGCACCCUGGCCAGCUUCUCCGAGCCAGGCAGCUGCUACGAGGAGCUGCUUAAGUACCUCGUGUACAUCCUCCGUAAAGCAGCCCGAAGGCUGGCCCAGGUCUCCCGGGCAGUGGGCGUGCGGGCCGGGCUGCUGAGCAGCCCAGCACCCCGAGGGGGCCAGGAGCCCCAGCCUAGCAGCAGCUGCUCCCGCUCCCACCGCCGUCCAUCUGUCCACCACCUGGUGCACCAUCACCACCACCAUCACCACCACUACCACCUGGGCAACGGGACGCUGCGGGCCCCCCGGGCCAACCCGCAGAUCCAGGACAGGGAUGCUAAUGGGUCCCGCCGGCUCAUGCUGCCGCCACCCUCAACCCCCGCCCUCUCCAGGGGCUCACCAGGGGGGGCAGAGUCUGUGCACAGCUUCUACCAUGCUGACUGCCACUUGGAGCCAGUCUGCCGCCAGGCGCCCCCUCCCAGGUCACCAUCUGAGGCAUCGGGCAGGACUGCGGGCAGUGGGAAGGUGUACCCCACCGUGCACACCAGCCCUCCACCGGAGAUGCUGAAAGAGAAGGCACUAAUGGAGGUGGCCCCCACCUCUGGACCCCCCACCCUCACCAGCUUCAACAUCCCGCCUGGGCCCUACAGCUCUAUGCACAAGCUGCUGGAGACACAGAGCACAGGCACCUGCCAAAGCUCUUGCAAGAUCUCCAGCCCUUGCUUGAAGGCAGACAGUGGAGCCUGUGGCCCAGACAGCUGUCCCUACUGUGCCCGGGCUGGGGCAGGGGAGGCAGAGCUCGCCGGCCACGAUAUGCCUGACUCAGACAGCGAGGCGGUUUAUGAGUUCACACAGGAUGCCCAGCAUGGCGACCUCCGGGACCCCCACAGUCGGCGUCGGCAGAGCCUGGGGCUGGACGGGGAGCCCAACUCUGUGCUGGCCUUCUGGAGGCUGAUCUGUGACACCUUCCGAAAGAUUGUGGACAGCAAGUACUUUGGUAGGGGAAUCAUGAUCGCCAUCCUGGUCAACACGCUCAGCAUGGGCAUCGAGUACCACGAGCAGCCCGAGGAGCUCACCAACGCCCUGGAAAUCAGCAACAUCGUCUUUACCAGCCUCUUUGCCCUGGAGAUGCUGCUGAAGCUGCUCGUGUACGGUCCCUUCGGCUACAUCAAGAACCCCUACAACAUCUUUGACGGCGUCAUCGUUGUCAUCAGUGUGUGGGAGAUCGUGGGCCAGCAGGGGGGCGGCCUGUCGGUGCUACGGACCUUCCGCCUGAUGCGGGUGCUGAAGCUGGUGCGCUUCCUGCCGGCGCUGCAGCGGCAGCUCGUGGUGCUCAUGAAAACCAUGGACAACGUGGCUACCUUCUGCAUGCUGCUCAUGCUCUUCAUCUUCAUCUUCAGCAUCCUGGGUAUGCAUCUCUUCGGCUGCAAGUUUGCAUCCGAGCGGGACGGGGACACGCUGCCGGACCGGAAGAAUUUUGACUCCCUGCUCUGGGCCAUCGUCACUGUCUUUCAGAUCCUGACCCAGGAGGACUGGAACAAGGUGCUCUACAAUGGAAUGGCCUCCACGUCGUCCUGGGCUGCCCUCUAUUUCAUUGCCCUCAUGACCUUUGGCAACUACGUGCUCUUCAACCUGCUCGUCGCCAUUCUGGUGGAGGGCUUCCAGGCGGAGGAAAUCAGCAAACGGGAAGAUGCGAGUGGACAGUUAAGCUGUAUUCAGCUGCCUGUCGACUCCCAGGGGGGAGACGCCACCAAGUCCGAGUCGGAGCCUGAUUUCUUCUCGCCCAGCCUGGAUGGCAAUGGGGACAGGAAGAAGCGUUUGGCCUUGGUGUCUCUGGGAGAGCACCCAGAGCUACGGAGGAGCCUGUUGCCACCUCUCAUCAUCCACACGGCCGCCACGCCCAUGUCGCUGCCCAAGAGCUCCAGCACUGGCCUGGCAGAGGUGCUGGGCCCUGCCUCCCGCCGCACCAGCAGCAGCGGGUCGGCCGAGCCAGGGGCGCCCCACGAGAUGAAGUCACCGCCGAGCACCCGAAGCUCCCCGCACAGUCCCUGGAGUGCAGCGAGCAGCUGGACUAGCAGGCGCUCCAGCCGGAACAGCCUGGGCCGCGCCCCCAGCCUGAAGCGGAGGAGCCCGAGUGGGGAGCGGAGGUCCCUGUUGUCAGGCGAGGGCCAGGAGAGCCAGGAUGAGGAGGAGAGCUCGGAGGAGGAGCGCACCAGCCCAGCGGGCAGUGACCGUCGCCAUGGGGGCUCCCUGGAGCGGGAAGCUAAGAGCUCCUUUGACCUACCGGACACACUGCAGGUGCCGGGGCUGCACCGCACAGCCAGUGGCCGCAGCUCAGCCUCUGAGCACCAGGACUGCAAUGGCAAGUCAGCCCCGGGACGCCUGAUCCGGGCCCUGCACCCUGACGACCCCCCGCUGGAUGGGGAUGAUGGCGAUGACGAGGGCAACUUGAGCAGAGGGGAACGGAUGAGAGCAUGGGUCCGAGCCCGUCUCCCUGCCUGCUGCCUAGAGCGAGACUCUUGGUCUGCCUACAUCUUCCCUCCUCAGUCAAGGUUCCGCCUCCUGUGUCACCGAAUCAUCACCCACAAGAUGUUCGACCAUGUGGUCCUUGUCAUCAUCUUCCUUAACUGCAUCACCAUCGCCAUGGAGCGCCCCAAGAUCGACCCCCACAGUGCUGAACGCAUCUUCCUGACCCUCUCCAAUUACGUCUUCACCGCCGUCUUUCUGGCCGAGAUGACAGUGAAGGUAGUGGCGCUGGGCUGGUGCUUCGGGGAGCAGGCCUACCUGCGCAGCAGCUGGAACGUGCUGGACGGGCUACUCGUGCUCAUUUCCAUCAUCGACAUCCUGGUGUCCAUGGUCUCGGACAGCGGCACCAAGAUCCUGGGCAUGCUGCGGGUGCUGCGACUCCUGCGGACCCUGCGCCCGCUCAGGGUGAUCAGCCGGGCACAGGGACUGAAGCUGGUGGUGGAAACGUUGAUGUCCUCGCUGAAGCCCAUUGGCAACAUUGUGGUCAUCUGUUGUGCCUUCUUCAUCAUUUUUGGCAUCCUGGGGGUGCAGCUCUUCAAAGGGAAGUUCUUCGUGUGCCAGGGCGAGGACACCAGAAACAUCACUAACAAGUCCGACUGUGCUGAGGCCAGUUACCGGUGGGUCCGGCACAAGUACAACUUUGACAACCUUGGCCAGGCCCUAAUGUCCCUGUUCGUGCUAGCCUCUAAGGAUGGCUGGGUGGAUAUCAUGUAUGACGGACUGGAUGCUGUCGGCGUGGACCAGCAGCCCAUCAUGAACCACAACCCCUGGAUGCUGCUGUACUUCAUCUCGUUCCUGCUCAUUGUGGCCUUCUUUGUCCUGAACAUGUUUGUGGGCGUGGUGGUGGAGAAUUUCCACAAGUGUCGGCAGCACCAGGAAGAGGAGGAGGCCCGGCGGCGGGAGGAGAAGCGUCUCCGGAGAUUGGAGAAAAAGAGAAGGAAUCUAAUGCUGGACGAUGUAAUUGCUUCCGGCAGCUCCGCCAGCGCGGCGCCAGAAGCCCAGUGCAAACCCUACUACUCGGACUACCCCCGCUUCCGGCUCCUCGUCCACCACCUGUGUACCAGCCACUACCUGGAUCUCUUCAUCACCGGUGUCAUUGGGCUGAACGUGGUCACCAUGGCCAUGGAGCACUACCAGCAGCCCCAGAUCCUGGAUGAGGCUCUGAAGAUCUGCAACUACAUCUUCACUGUCAUCUUUGUCUUGGAGUCAGUUUUCAAACUGGUGGCCUUUGGCUUCCGACGGUUCUUCCAAGACAGGUGGAACCAGCUGGACCUGGCCAUUGUGCUGCUGUCCAUCAUGGGCAUCACGCUGGAGGAGAUCGAGGUCAACGCCUCCCUGCCCAUCAACCCCACCAUCAUCCGCAUCAUGAGGGUGCUGCGUAUUGCCCGAGUGCUAAAGCUGCUGAAGAUGGCUGUGGGCAUGCGGGCGCUGCUGGACACAGUGAUGCAGGCCCUGCCCCAGGUGGGGAACCUGGGACUUCUCUUCAUGUUGUUGUUUUUCAUCUUUGCAGCUCUGGGCGUGGAGCUCUUUGGAGACCUGGAGUGUGACGAGACACACCCCUGCGAGGGCCUGGGCCGGCAUGCCACCUUCCGGAACUUUGGCAUGGCUUUCUUAACCCUCUUCCGAGUAUCCACAGGUGACAACUGGAAUGGCAUCAUGAAGGACACCCUCCGGGACUGCGACCAGGAGUCCACCUGCUACAACACUGUCAUCUCCCCGAUCUACUUCGUGUCCUUCGUGCUGACAGCCCAGUUUGUGCUGGUCAACGUGGUGAUUGCUGUGCUGAUGAAGCACCUGGAGGAGAGCAACAAGGAGGCCAAGGAGGAGGCCGAGCUGGAGGCUGAGCUGGAGCUGGAGAUGAAGACCCUCAGCCCCCAGCCCCCCUCACCGCUGGGCAGCCCCUUCCUCUGGCCUGGGGUCGACGGUCCCGACAGCCCCGGCAGCCCCAAGCCUGGGGCCCCGGAGGCCGCGGCCCGUGCUGGAGCAGCCUCCCACUUCUCCCUGGAGCACCCCAUGGACGGACAGCUGUUUGACACCAUAUCCCUGAUGAUCCAGGGCUCCCUGGACGGGGAGCUGAAGCUGAUGGACGAGCUGGCAGGCCCAGGGGGCCAGCCCUCUGCCUUCCCUCCCGCCCGCAGCCCGGGCGGCUCCGACCCACAGAUCCCUCUAGCUGAGAUGGAGGCUCUGUCUCUGACGUCAGAGGUUGUGUCUGAACCGCCCUGCUCUCUAGCUCUGACGGAUGACUCUUUGCCUGAUGACACUCACACACUCUUACUUAGUGCCCUGGAGAGCAAUAUGGAGUCCCACCCUGAGGAGGUGCCCAUCCUUUUGGGACCAGAUCUGCUGACUGUGCGAAAGGCUGGGGUCAGCCGGACACACUCUCUGCCCAACGACAGCUACAUGUGCCGGGAUGGGAGCACUGCCGAGGGGUCCCUGGGACACAGGGGCUGGGGGCUCCCCAAAGCUCAGUCAGGCUCCAUCCUGUCCGUUCACUCCCAGCCAGCAGACACCAGCUACAUCCUGCAGCUUCCCAAAGAUGCCCCCCUUCUGCUCCAGCCCCAUGGUGCCCCCACCUGGGUCACCAUCCCCAAACUGCCCCCGCCCGGCCGUUCCCCUUUGGCUCAGAGGCCCCUCAGGCGCCAGGCAGCAAUAAGGACGGAUUCCCUGGACGUGCAGGGCCUGGGCAGCAGGGAAGACCUGCUGUCGGAGGUGAAAGGGCCCGCCCCGCCGCCGCUGGCCCGGGCCUCCUCCUUCUGGGGCCGCCCCAGCCCCCAGGCGCCACCGCACUCCCGCAGCCAGAGCAAGAUCUUGAAGCACAUGCCCCCGGCAGCACCCUGCCCAGGCCCAGAACCUGCCCGGGAUGAGGGCCCACCAGACACCAGAAGCAGCUUAGAGCUGGACACGGAGCUGAGCUGGAUUUCAGGAGACCUCCUGCCGGUGGGCGGCCAGGAAGAAGCCCCAUCCCCGAGGGACCUGAAGAAAUGUUACAGCGUGGAGGCCCAGAGCUGCCCCCGACGGCCUCCAUCCUGGCUGGAUGAACAGAGGAGGCAUUCCAUCGCUGUCAGCUGCCUGGACAGUGGCUCCCAACCCCGCCUGGGUCCCGGCCCCUCUAGCCUCGGGGGUCAGCCUCUUGGGGGACCUGGGAGCCGGCCCAAGAAGAAACUCAGCCCGCCCAGUAUCUCCAUAGACCCCCCAGAGAGCCAGGGCCCUCGGCCCCCACCCAGCCCUGGCGUCUGCCUCCGGCGGAGGGCUCCAUCCAGCGACUCCAAGGAUCCCUCGGCCUCCGGCCCUCCCGACAGCAUGGCUGCCUCGCCCUCCCCAAAGAAAGACGUGCUGAGUCUCUCUGGUUUAUCCUCUGACCCAGCAGACCUGGACCCCUGAGUCCUGCCCCCGCCCCCCCACUCACCUUCUCCACUGGGUGCCAAAUCCUAGCUCCUCCUCCUGGGCUCUAUUCCUGAAAAACGUUCCAUAUGGACACCAAGGAGGCCCUCCCCCUGCCUCAGUGGCGCUGGGCACCUGCAAGCAGAAUUUCUGGAGCGUUAGAAGCAGCAGCCCUGGCCACCCUGGCUCCAGGCAGAGGGAGAGAGGCCCAGGGAAGCUGAGGUUCCCGACACCAGGAGCUGUUGGGAGAAAGCAAUACGUUUGUGCAGAAUCUCUAUGUAUAUUCUAUUUUAUUAAAUUAAUUGAAUCUAG